ACUCGAACCUAGGUGAUUACGGCCAAACAGGCAGAGAUAAGUCCUGUUGGAAACAAGGCGACGUAACAGUAACCUACCAUAGGACUUCAAACCGCCGCCGGCGAAGACGACGGUGACGCAGUCGCCCCUUCGUGUCUUAGCUUACAGCUGCAGGGCUAGGGUUUUUCGAAGCCUGAGAGUUAAAUAGUUAAUGACUAUCCAACAAUAAGCCUCAAGCAUGAUGAGAAAGCCUCUAGGGCACAAGGAAAAGUACUCAAACAGACACGAGAUCUCACAGAAUCACUCCAUUGAUGGCACAGCUGCAAGAACAAGACCUUAUAGCUUCGAUGAGAUAAUGCUUAGAAGGAAAAACAAAAAACUAUCUGUAAAUGUUGAAGAUCAACGAAUUGCCUCAGAGAUAGUCUACCCUAAAGAAGCUGAGAGUGUCUCUGGUCGUGUAGAAUCUGAUAGACACAGACAAAGGGAUGAACAACAUGCUCCUAAUGAACCCUUAACUGUAAGUUCAAGAACAAAAGAGAACAAAUCCAUGAGGGAAGACCAAAAAAGAGUGGAAGGUGAACACAAAGAAAGUGGCGAUCUUCAAAGAAGAUCAAAGGUUGUUAGUGAUAACACAAAAGAUAGAAGAAAAGAAAGGGGUGUUCAUGACUUUGGUAAUGAACAUGAAAAGAGACAUGGUAAAGAUUCUUCAGUAAAAGAAAGGGACAGAAAUGUUGAGAGGAAUAGAGGGAAAUCUGAACAUGUCAAUAGGCUGAAUCAAAAUGGAUAUGAUGAGAGAGGUAGAGACAAGAAACUUGAAUCAAGAAAAAGACAUGAGAGAGAGAAAAGAAGGUCAAAUUCACCUUCACCAAGGGGAAAUAAACCAAGAUUGUAUGAUGUGAAAGAGCAUGAAGAAUUGUUAUCCUCCACACAUUCUUCAAAAGCAGGAAGAUUUGAUUCCAAUAUUGACAGAAAAAGGGUAUCAAACAAUGGUUCAAUCAACAAACCUAAAAGACAUGAUACAUCUGUAAGUCGCCUUGGUGGCUAUUCACCAAGAAAGAGAAGAAAUGAAGCUCCAUCUCCAACUGAUUCAUCACCUGUUAAGAUUGAAUCAAAAACUCCUAAUUCCUUGACUUCUUUUCUUCCAAAUUUGGUGUCAUUAAACAAAAUUGAAGUCCCUAAUGUGGUUCCCCUUACUCCAAGUGUUCCAAUUCCAAAGCCAACAUUUGGAGUUCUUUCAUUUCCUUCAUUGAUGAAUGCAUCUGUUGACUCUGUUCAGUUGACUCAAGCAACAAGACCUAAAAGAAGGAUUUAUGUAGAAAACCUGCCAUCUUCAGCCUCUGAAGCAGCUGUAGUGGAGUGGCUUAGUGGUUAUCUUCGACCUUAUGGUUUAAAUCAUCUUCAAAGCACAAAUCCAUGUAUUAGCUGCAUUGUGAAUAAGGAUAAGUGUCAAGCUCUUGUGGAAUUUCUCACACCUGAAGAUGCUUCUACUGCUUUAAGUUUUGAUGGAAGGUCUUUCAAUGGCAAUAUUCUUAAAAUCAGACGCCCUAAAGACUAUGUUGAAGCAACUGCUGUUUAUGUUGGGUAUAUCAUAAUUCACGUUCAGGAUGCUGAUGAAGCUGACUCCUAUUCCUAACAUUACAAGAUUUUCAGACUGGUGUGUUAGAGAAGAAGCAGCCUGUUGCUGUUGCUGUUGCUGGAGGAGCUUUUUCACUUAAAAACAUUGUUCAAGAUUCCCCUAACAAGAUUUUCAUUGGUGGGAUUUCAAAGAUUAUUACUUCCCAAAUGAUUAUGGAGAUUGCUAGUGCUUUUGGACCUUUAAAAGCUUUCCAUUUUGAACAUAAUUCAAAUCUUGAGACUACUCCAUGUGCCUUCCUUGAGUAUGUUGAUCAAUCAGUGACUAUCAAAGCAUGUGUUGGUCUUAAUGGAAUGAAAUUGGGUGGUCAACUCUUGACUGUAACUCAAGCAACUCCAGAUAAUACUUCUUCAAUGGAAAAAAAUCAUGGAGACAAUGACCACCCAUUUUAUGGUACACCAGCACACGCACAACCGCUUCUCCAGAAACAAACACAAGUCCUCAAGCUCAAUAAUUUGGUGGACCCACAGAGCCUAUUGUCACUCUCUGAACAAGAAUUUGAAGAAAUAGUAGAAGAUGUUCGCCUCGAGUGUUCCAGGUUUGGCAUGGUGAAAUCGGUUAAUAUUGUGAAGCCAACCUUAUCAGAUAAAGAGCCACCGCCGCCUGAAGAAGAAGAUGUGGCGGCUCCUACUGGCGGCAGUGAUGGUGGUGGCGUGGUGGUGGAGGAGAGGUUUGAGGGUGGUUGUGUGUUGGUGGAGUAUAAAAGAAUAGAAGCUUCUACAAUGGCAGCUCAUUGUUUACAUGGAAGGGUUUUUGAUGGAAGAAUUGUGAGUGUGGAAUAUGUUGAACAUGAUGUUUAUUGUGGUAGGUUUGAAAAAUGAGGAUUUUGUAAUUUUUGUUGAUUUUUUUAAAAGUAUUUUUGUAAUUUGGGUGUAUUAAGGAUGUUGGUUUUGUAGAUGGAU